UGAUUCCAUCAUAUUGCUUCAGAGUUCAGUCUAACUCUGGUCACUGAGGCAGUUGCGGUUUUGGAACAAUUAAAAUCAAUAAAAAUGGCAAAAUACAGAAUUGUUAUGGUUCGCCAUGGAGAGAGUGAAUGGAACCAGUUGAAUUUGUUCUGUGGAUGGUUCGAUGCUGGAUUGUCAGAAAAAGGAAAAAGCGAAGCAAACGCAGCAGGAAAAGCCUUGAAGGAAUCUGGUUACACCUUCGACGAGGCUCACACGUCAGUUCUAACUCGUGCACAGGUGACUCUGGGCACCAUUCUGAAGGAAAUUGGUCAAGAAAACAUUCCCAUCCACAAGACAUGGCGAUUGAACGAACGUCAUUACGGUGGUCUCACAGGGAUGAACAAGGCAGAAACAGCGGCUAAAUAUGGAGAAGAGCAGGUGCAAAUAUGGAGGAGAUCCUUUGAUACUCCACCACCACCAAUGGAGCCCGAUCACAAAUAUUACAAGACCAUCGUCGAGGAUGAAAGAUACAAGGAUGGACCCAAGAAGGAAGAGUUCCCCAUGUUUGAGUCACUCAAGCUGACGAUUGAGAGGACUCUGCCUUAUUGGAAUGACACCAUCAUUCCUGCACUGAAAGCAGGCAAGAAGAUCAUCAUUGCUGCCCAUGGAAACAGUCUCAGAGGGAUCGUUAAACAUCUCGAUCAAAUGAGCAAUGACCAGAUUAUGGGGUUAAAUCUGCCCACCGGCAUCCCCUUCGUCUACGAACUCGACGAGAACUUCAAGCCUGUGGUGUCCAUGAAGUUCUUGGGUGACGAGGAAACCGUCAAAGCAGCAAUAGCUGCAGUAGCUGCCCAAGGAAAAGCCAAGUGAACGAAUUAUUCAAACCACCUUCAUGAGAUUAUACUCAACUCCACUAGAGCUGUCAUCAAUGAUUAUUCAAAGACAACUGAGGGGAUUGAUCCAUUGCUAGAUGCAAUGCAGGGUUGCAUACACAUUAUUUAUGAACAAAAUGAUCUACGCUUAUAUUCAUUUCAAACUUUUUGUCUUGAGGAUUUCGAAUGAUUGAGUCAUUCUACUGUACACGAAUAAUAAAACAAUUGUAGAAAGAA